GAAACAUUCUCUAUUUACAUUUCGUGACGUUUCAAGAAAUUUCUUUUGACGUAGUUUGUUGACGUUUUCAGUUCUGUAUGUUUUCAUUUUAAUUUUCACAAGCUAUGAUUUCAGUUUUAUUUAUUUUAAUGUUUGAUUUAACGACCUAUCUGUAAAACCACCGCGCGACUUAAAUGUGCAAUCGAAUUUCUUUGAUAUACAGUGAUGACCUCAAAACAUUUCUGCUUGAAAUGGACCAGAUUCCAGUCCAACAUCCUGAGCGCUUUCGAAAGUCUGCAAAAUACGGAAGACCUGGCAGAUGUUACGUUGACUUGCGAUGGUAUCAACAUAAAAGCACACAAAUUCAUACUAUCAGCUUGCAGCCCGUAUUUCAGAACGGUUUUCAAAGAAAACCCUUGCCCGCAUCCCAUAGUCAUCCUCAACUACGUAGCAUAUGAGGAUUUGAUGGCAAUCAUCAAUUUCAUGUACCAUGGAGAGGUAACUGUGACUGAGGAACAACUGUCUUCUUUCCUGCAAACUGCCAUGGUGCUGCAAGUCCUUGGUUUGAUGAACAACGAAUACAUGCCAUCCAAGAAACCACCUGUUAAAAAGCUCAAUCCCCCUAUCGAAUCUCAGGAGGCUCCACAGAAAAAAGCCAAACUGAGCCCCAAACAUAAAAAGAUCCCUACUACUCCUGGGCUUCUGGAGGAACCCCUAAAUGACUUGAACAAAUCUUCUCCUAGACAAUUUGAGGUGGUGGAAGUGGAUAAAAUAAAGACUGAGGAUGAAUCAAGCAGCAAUAUUGAGUAUAGUUUGAAUGCUGGAGAAAAUGUGGGGGAAAAGGUGGAAAUGCAGGGGUCUAUUUUAGAGGCUGCCUUGGAAGUUCGAGAUAAGCCCAGCAGUAUUUUGGAGAGAUCAUUGACAGCACAUUCAGUUAAGUCUCCGUCCGCUCUACCGUACCAGCCGGACAAAAUAGCGUCCAUCCAGGACAUCCCGAAGACAGUCUUCAUCCCCCGCAAGCCCCCAGAAUCCGACCUUGAAAAGCGCACCCCCAAAUCCUCCGAGUCCUCCAGUCCGUCCACCUUCGAAUACCCCCUGGAAUUCCUCCAGCAGCGCAUCAAGACUGAAGAGCAAAACGAGGAGGAGGACCCUAAUGUGGCCAAGGACCCCAAUAUGGUCAAGAUGGCGGAAUUGCAGCCCCACCACAGCUCCCAGUGCGGAAAUUGUCCGCACUGCGGGAAAGUGUACUCCAAUCAGUCGGCUUUGAAGUAUCACGUGAGGCUGGUGCAUUCCGAUUUGACGAACAUGUACUGCUGUCAUUUGUGUCCGGAGGCCUUUGAUUAUAGAGAGGGGUACAAGAAGCAUAUGGCCGAGGUGCAUCUUAUUAGGAAUUGAGGUUAUAUUUAUUCAGCAGUUUUAUCUUUGUUAUACUUUUAUAACUGUUUUUUUUUAUUUACAAGUUAUAUUUUAUUUAAUAAAGUGGUUUUUGAGAUAUACAUAUA